CUCCUACAGUGGCUGCCACCUCCACAAAACGGCAAAAAUUUUCCCACCUCUCCACCCGUUUCCCCUCCCGAAAUCCCAACCCAUGGCCGCCCCACGCGCCCGGAUCUGGCCCUGAGUCUCUCCCCUCAUUGCCGGAUCCUUGCCCUGCCCGGUUUCUUGGGGGCGGCGUGUCAUUUCCUCUAGUUUCGGUGCGUUCUUGUGGGUGGCUUCUUGAUCCGGCGCAUUUGCAGCGUGGAUUCGUUGCGGAGCGAGUGAUUUAUCCGUUCCUGAGGUUGCAGCGUGCCUCCCGACCUCUUGUCGUUGUUGCAGGAGAAUCGGCCGCUGGUCGCCGUCGCAAGUGCGGUUUUUUACGGCCCGGGAUUCGCGCCGCCGUGUUCCUGGGAGGCUGGGAUUGUCGCAAUGGUUGUUUAAUCGGAGCGAUUUGAUGUGGUGUUGGUGCCACCGGAUCUCGCCGCCAUGUGGAAGCAAUUUAUCGGCAAGCUGUCGUGGAAGUCGAUGAAGUCCAGCUCUGGCGGCAGCGGAGGGGGCUCGCCGCCGUCGAAGCCGCCUCCGGUGUCUCCCCGAGAGAAUGGAGCCGCGGGGAAGCCGAACGUCUCGCCGCUGCCUCCCGCAGGGGGCGCUGGAGCCGAGGUGAGGUCCAGGGAGGAGGCCUUCGUGCAGAAGGUUAACAUUUGCUGCGUGGUGUUCGACUUCUCCGACCGGGGCAAGGACUCGCCAGAGAAGGAGAGGAAGCGACAGAUGCUCAUGUCUCUGGUCGACUGCAUUGGCGCCGCCGAGGAGCCCCUCUCGGAGACGAUGAUCUCGGCGUGCGUGCGCAUGUUUGCUGUCAACCUUUUCAGGGUCUUCCCGCCCAAAGUCCGGUCGGGCACCGCGGCUUCGGAGACUGAGGAGGACGAUCCAUUCUUUGAUCCAUCCUGGUACCACCUGCAAGUCGUAUAUGAGUUUCUCCUUAGGUUUGUGACAUCGCCGCUUGUCGAUGCCAAGGUAGCCAGGAAGUAUGUGGAUAGUUCUUUUGUCUCGAGGCUGCUCGAUCUGUUUGAUUCUGAUGACCCGAGAGAGAGGGACUGCUUGAAGACUAUAUUGCAUAGGAUAUAUGGCAAGUUCAUGGGAAACCGCCCAUUCAUCCGUAAGGCCGUGAGCAAUAUCUUCUAUAGAUUUGUGUUUGAGAUGGAUCAUCAUAACGGGAUUGCCGAGCUGUUGGAGGUCUUUGGCAGUGUAAUAAGUGGGUUUGCGAAGCCAUUGAAGGAGGAACACAAGUUGUUCCUAUGGAAAGCAUUGAUUCCACUUCAUAAGCCAAAAACGGUGGGAGUGUAUCUGCCGCAACUGACAUAUUGCAUUACCCGAUUUAUUGAGAAGGAACCAAAGCUUGCGGGGACUGUGAUCAGAGGCCUGUUGAAGUAUUGGCCAGUUACAAACACUCAAAAGGAAAUGAUGUUCUUAGGGGAGUUAGAGGAGGUGCUGGAGUUGACUGACAUGGCUGAAUUUCAGAAGUGCAUGGUUCCCUUAUUCCGGAGGAUUGCAAAUUGCCUGAAUAGCUCUCAUUUUCAGGUUGCUGAGAGAGCCUUAUUCCUAUGGAACAACGAGCACUUGUUUGAUAUGAUCUCCCAAUAUCGUCAAGUGAUCCUACCUCUUAUAUAUCCAGCUCUGGAGAGGAACACCCGUUGGCACUGGAACCAAUCGGUACUCAACGUCACGAUGAACGUGAGGAAAAUGUUCCUCGACAUGGAUGAGAGAUUGCUCCUGGCCUGUCAGAAAAAUUUCCAAGAGGAAGAGGAGAAGCGAGCUGCGACCGAGGAGCGUCGAAGGCUUAUGUGGGAGCAGCUGGAGCGGAGUGCCACCCGUGGGUACCAACCAGUGAUUGCCGAGUCGAUUUUUCCGGCGCCCCCUUCAUCAGCUCGUCUGGUAGCCCCCACUGUGACAUGACAUGGGAACCAAUUACACACUCCGUUUCACCUGUUGCUAGCUAGCUAGAUGAAGUUGCUUGCUUCUCUGGGGACACACAAGGCAUUUUGUUACCUUUGUAAGCCCCCUCGGGUCAAAGUCUGUAAUUAAUAGCUGAUGGUCUGAGGACAAGGGACAUUUGAUUUUGCAUGGCGUAUUCUUGCAAUGGGCAUGCAUUUCUUGCCCAAAUCUUGUCUGAUUGUACCAGAGUGCUCUGUGUAGUCUGGACAGUAUCAAUUGCAUGAGAGAAUGCCAAGUUUGCGACCUUUUUUGUGGGCAAAAACUUGUGUUUAUCACUGAAAGCGCC